CUGGAUGAGCGGUUCCACGCACAGGGCCAUCUUUUGGUCGUUCUCGCCGGACACAUUUCUGGCACCAGUGUCUUUUUAACCUGAAACCAUUUUUUGAAGAUUCACCUCCUGUUCCUUUUGUUUCUCGUAUUUGCGUAAUAAAAAACCUCCCAAAAACCAUGGAUGAAGAAUAUGAUGUUAUUGUUUUGGGCACUGGUCUUACGGAAUGUAUUCUCUCUGGGAUCAUGUCUGUGAAUGGCAAGAAGGUUCUUCACAUGGAUCGGAAUCCUUACUAUGGAGGGGAAAGCUCCUCAAUAACGCCUCUGGAAGAGCUAUACAAGCGGUUUGGAAUUCCUGACGGCCCUCCGGAAUCUAUGGGCAGAGGGCGGGACUGGAAUGUUGACCUCAUCCCCAAAUUCCUCAUGGCAAACGGCCAGCUGGUGAAGAUGCUGCUGUACACGGAGGUGACCCGGUAUCUCGACUUCAAGGUAGUGGAAGGAAGCUUCGUCUACAAGGGGGGGAAGAUCUACAAAGUGCCGUCCACAGAGACAGAGGCGCUGGCCUCCAAUUUGAUGGGAAUGUUUGAGAAACGCAGGUUCAGGAAGUUCCUGGUGUUUGUGGCCAAUUUUGACGAGAAUGACCCCAAGACUUAUGAGGGAGUGGACCCCAAGUUGACCACCAUGAGGGAUGUUUACAAGAAGUUUGACCUGGGUCAGGAUGUGAUUGAUUUCACUGGCCAUGCGCUGGCGCUUUACAGGACAGAUGACUACCUGGACCAGUCUUGCCUGGAGACUAUUAACCGCAUCAAGCUCUAUAGCGAGUCCCUGGCACGCUAUGGCAAAAGCCCGUACCUGUACCCUCUGUAUGGGCUGGGGGAGCUGCCUCAGGGAUUUGCCAGAUUAAGUGCAAUUUACGGAGGGACGUACAUGCUGAACAAGCCUGUGGAGGAGAUCGUUAUGGAUAACGGUCAUGUCAUCGGAGUCAAAUCAGAGGGAGAGGUGGCACGCUGUAAACAGCUUAUCUGCGACCCCAGCUACUUGCAGGAGCGUGUGCAGAAGGUGGGUCAGGUGAUCCGGGUGAUCUGUGUGCUGAGUCACCCCAUCAAGAACACCAACGAGGCCAACUCCUGCCAGAUCAUCAUCCCGCAGAACCAGGUCAACCGCAAAUCAGAUAUCUAUGUAUGUAUGAUCUCGUAUGCUCAUAACGUGGCAGCCCAGGGGAAAUACAUUGCCAUUGUCAGCACCACAGUGGAGACCAGCGAGCCGGAGAAAGAGAUUGAGCCAGCCCUGGAGCUACUGGAGCCCAUCGACCAAAAGUUUGUGGCCAUCAGUGACCUGUAUGAAUCCACAGACGAUGGCAGCGAGAGUCAGAUCUUCUCGUCUCGCUCCUAUGAUGCCACCACUCAUUUCGAGACCACCUGCAAUGACAUCAAAGACAUCUACAAGAGAAUGACAGGAAGUGACUUCGACUUUGAGAACAUGAAGCGCAAACAGAAUGAUGUCUUCGGGGAGGAAGAGCAAUAGAGAGGGGACUGCCCCCCGUGCGGUGAUGUCAUCUCAAACACACCAGUAGGGAGGGGGGCUGCUCCCCCCCCCCCAGUGGUGAUGUUAUUUCAAACAUACCAGUAGAGAGGGGGCUGCCCCCCACAGUGAUGUCAUCUCAAUUGUCACAUUAUCUGCUGCAUUGUUUGCUCUUAGCAUUAGCCCUCCCAUAGAAACCCGACACCAAUCACCCAGCACUACACACACUCAGUCGAGCUGAAUAUAGAAACACUAAAAGAAAAGUAAUACAGUCAGUGACAAACAUUUCAACAUGGAAAAGUAAACGUUUGUCAUUGAAUUUAUUGUCACUUCGUAUUUCUAAUCAAACAUUUGAAGUGUCCAAUACUGAUUGUUUUCAUAGACACCCAAGUCCACAAGUCUGGGUGCAAGUCAAGUUUCAGCAUACGGCUACAAUGACAAAGCAUUGUAAACGUUUAAACCACAACUCAGUAUGUAUAAACAGAUUAAAUACAUUAGUAUGGGUCUGCUUUAUGUAUUUUAAGAGGGUUUGGUUGCUACCUCUAAUCAAGUUGCAUUUUCUCAUGAGCUCCUUAUAUCUUCUCUCAACUUGAUUGGAGGCACCAUGUAUUAUUAAAACUUGUACAAUUUUCAGUACUGACCCAUAGCAGUCAUUGAAAAAUAUAACCCCCAAACAGCCCUAAAUAAAUAAAUACCAGGAAAAAGCAAGAAAGGUGUCUCUCCCAACUCUCCAUCUCUCUCCCAACUCUCCAUCUCUCUCCCAACUCUCCCUCUCUCUCCCAACUCUUUUGUCU